GACGCAAUCACCAACGAGCCACAACAACAAAAACAACAACAGAACUCAGCUGUUCGGCAGCUAGCUAACUAGCCGGCCUGGUUACUGUUAUUACUGUUCCUUGCAGCUUUAUUUAAAUUUUGGAUUUGUAUAAGUUGCUUUACAGCUACUAAUACGUUCGGAUACAACGCAAGUUAUAUACAAUCUGCAUCAACGCGCUGCCAUUAGGUUCAUUUUAAACUCCUUUGUCUCAUAUGUGCUAACGUUAGCUAGCUUCUAGCAGGUUAGCCUUUUAACUGAGGACGGGGGGGAGCCCGUUCAACCAAAAGGUAAAGACGCGACUUUUGUCUCGAUAAUGGUGCAAAAUAACACCAGUUUAGCCUUUUAUGGGCAGAAGCUUAAAGUCUGCAAAGCAAUUAUCAGCAGAGGAAUAGGAAAUAACGGAGCUAGCAGACCCCGGGUCAUGUUACAAACCGAUGUCACUUUACGAAAUUGUAAUUUAAUACCGCGAUAAAAGAGUAUCCCAGACCAGACAUGUUUAUGGCAAAGCCAGACCACAAGACCACCCGGUGGAGAUUCUGACCUCCGCCAAUGACCGCCAGUAUUAUUUUCAUCAUCUGUCGUCAUGUCGCCGCCAAAGAGACCCCUGGUCCCUGUGAGCAGCCGGCGGAAAGCAGUGGACGACUACUUCCCUUUCAACUUGCUGCCCGUGGAGUGCCAGCUGCACGUCCUGUCCUUUUUGAACGAGGUGGAUAAGUGCAGCUGUGCUUUGGUCUGUGUGAGCUGGAGCUGCAUCGUCCGCUCAUGGAAGCUGUGGCGGGUGGCGGACUAUUCCCGCCGGGGCGUCUUCCACCUGGGCCGGGAAGGGCUGCUGGUUUCCAACCGGGAGUUUGAGAGGUGGAAGUCCUGGGUGCACCAUUACACCCAUCACCUGAUCUCGCGGCGGGCCAGCCUGCUCACGCUGAAGGCCAGCUUCGACCUGGGCGACCGCUGCAACAAAUGGUGCGAACUGCUGAGUCACCUGCUGGACAAUGUCCACUGCAGAGACCUGAGUCACCUGGACCUCAACUGGACGUUCACUCUGCUGGAACCGCUGGACCUCAGGGUCAACUCAGGCUCCAGCUCGCACCAGGACAGCAUUACCAAGAUGGACCAGGUGACCAGUUUCCAGGAACUGCUGACCAAACUGACCCACAGCUGCCCGCGCAUCUCCAAGAUGCGGUUACACUUCGACUGGUCGGAUGUGUCCGUGUCGCUGCUCAACCAGUUCCAGCAGCUGCGAGUCCUGGAGCUCAAAUACUUCUGGGUCUUUAAAGGAGUGACUCCCACGACGCUGCAGGCCCUAACCAAAUCCCUGCCUAACCUGAAAUCUCUGACUCUACAAAUCCUGGUGCCGCUGAGGAACCUGGGCAUCUCGUACACUCUGGAGUCCCAGUCUCUGGAGUUCCUGGACGUGUCGCCCAGCCGAGGCUUGGUCUUCUCCUGUCUGAAGCUGCCGGCCCUGCGCGAGCUCCGAGCCAAGAAGAUCGUCCGCGGCAUCACACUGGACCGGAGGACCAGGCUACGGAUCCAGAGCCGCUGGCCCUGUCUGUACCAUGUCCUCCGGGCGGGGACGCCCAAGCUCCAGGCCCUCAACAAUGAGAGGCUACUCCCCACGUGGAGAGAGGAGAGCUAUGGGGAGCUGUCUGCCAUCCUGGAACAGUCCUGUUACUGUGUUCAGCAUCUAGACAGCUGGCUUUGGUAGAUAACUGCAGGGUUUCCCCCCCAAAAAAAGAAAGUUGUUUAACCAGGUGGCAUUUGUCUUUAUUCGACGAGGGCCCGUUUGGGACAGUCCCAGACUGAUGGCAGCAUUAAUGUAGAGCCCAAUAGUUUCUGAGUCAUGGAUGGAAUUGCGAAAUUGAGAAUUUGAAAAAGCUGUAAGACAGAUUCCAUAGGGCCUUACAUUAAGAUAAUUGGAGAUUUGAAAAUAUGACUACGUCUAAGUUUUCAAUCGAGCCGCCCCACCGUAACUGUAGUUUAAAAAAAUGUCUUAAAAUACAUUAAAAAUCAUUCCUAGUGGCAUAGGCCUGGUGGGGGGCAACUUAGGCUCGGUGGGCCACCAGGCUUGCAACACACUGGGGGGAAACCCUGAACUGUGUGACUUGAAAUGACGUACCAUCCAUCGGUGGUUGUUUACGCAUUGUUAUGGAGCCCACUGCAGUUCUAGGGAAGACCCACCCUUCAAUAGCAUUCACGCACUACGAUUGGCCAGGCGUCCAUGCUUGCGCGAAGUAACGGAACCCGAUUUGUUCAGGUCCUAUCCCCCGACCAAUCGGCUAUCCUAACCUUAACUACUGGAAGUCAAUUAACCUCAACCAAUCAGCCUGCUUCGUAGGGCGGGACUUGCCUGGAACUGCACUGGGAUCCAUAAAAAGGCAUCUUUUACACACACCAUGUGUGUCCCUGUUUAAACAAACUGUUCUCAGAGGGACACAUAGUUGCAUACAAGAAAGACACGUUUUCAAGUGAAAUCAAAGGACUGCAAGUUUAUUUUUUUUAAUUUUUUUUUUUUACAAUUCAUAAACAGGAAGCUGCUGUUACAGUUGGAAACACUUUCCCAAGACAAUGAUACACAGCGUGUCUACAACUGUUUUAUUUAGUUUGCCCAUCAUCUCCCAAAAACUAAAGGUGCUUCAGGCUGAUUGCACUGUUAACACCAUUAAUUAGGACUCUACCUAAGCUAAGUGUGCAUGGUCCAUGUAUUGUGAAAAAGACCAGCAGAAGACAGAAUGUUAUGGCAACUUAGAGAUGUGGAGAAUGCCUUUUAGAUGUUGCCCGUUCGAAGAGAAAACUAUGAUGGAACAAUAAGGAAAAAAAAUGUACCGUACGUGAAGUUUUAUUUUCAUUCCAUUUCUACCACCGUUUCCUUUUGACAGCUGAGAAAUGGAAUCAGUGUUUUUGCAGUUAUCUUUCUAAUCAGUAGAGGUCCUUAUUGUCAAAGAUUUGGCCAUGGAGACUUCUCUCCAAAAGGUCUUUCAACAGAAACUUGUGCACUAGUGUAACAUUGUCUCUUACACCAAUGGAUUCUGAUCAUUUCACUCCAGUACCUGUGCUCAUGUGUUGUACGAGUAGCAGAUGUGUGUGUGAGGGUAUUUAUGCUCUUCAGAAUAAAUCAAUGUAUACGUGAGAUUUGGUUGAUGUCAGGAAAGAUUCUUCACAAAGAACUGUA